AUGUCAUCGUCCGGUAAAGACAACAGCGCUGCCCAACACGCCAAUUACGUGGGACCUUACCGCUUGGAGAAGACGCUGGGGAAAGGACAGACAGGCCCCAUGAAAAGUGUUGGCCUGGCAACUGUGGAACGAGAAAUAGCUAUUCUGAAACUUAUAGAACACCCACACGUUUUAAAGCUACAUGACGUCUAUGAAAAUAAAAAAUACUUGUACCUUGUCCUAGAACAUGUUUCCGGGGGUGAGCUGUUUGACUACUUGGUGAAGAAAGGCAGGUUAACGCCCAAAGAGGCCAGGAAAUUUUUCAGACAAAUCAUGUCUGCCCUGGAUUUUUGCCACAGUCAUUCUAUAUGCCACAGGGAUCUAAAGCCAGAGAACCUGUUGCUAGAUGAGAAGAACAACAUCAGGAUAGCAGACUUUGGCAUGGCAUCCCUACAGGUUGGAGACAGUCUGUUGGAAACCAGCUGUGGAUCUCCGCACUACGCAUGCCCAGAGGUCAUCAGGGGGGAGAAGUAUGAUGGAAGGAAAGCAGAUGUGUGGAGCUGCGGUGUCAUACUUUUUGCUCUUUUGGUGGGUGCCCUGCCAUUUGAUGAUGACAACCUAAGGAAUCUCCUGGAGAAAGUGAAACUGGGAGUGUUUCAUAUGCCACAUUUCAUCCCUCCAGACUGUCAAAACCUUCUCCGCAGCAUGAUUGAAGUUGAUGCCACCAAAAGACUAACGUUAGAACAAAUCCAGAAGCACACGUGGUACAUUGGGGGUAAAAAUGAGCCAGAACCCGAGCAGCCUGUGCCUAGAAAGGUAACCAUCCGCAGCCUGCCUUCUGCAGACGACAUCGACCCAGAUGUACUGGACAGCAUGCACUCCCUGGGCUGCUUCAGAGACAAAAACAAACUUCUGAAAGACCUGCUCUCAGAUGAUGAGAACCAAGAGAAGAUGAUCUACUUCUUGUUACUUGAUCGCAAAGAGAGGUACCCGAGUCAGGAGGACCAGAACCUUCCCCCUCGCAAUGAGAUUGAUCCACCGAAGAAGCGGGUGGAUUCUCCCAUGUUGAACCGUCAUGGCAAGAGGAGACCUGAGAGGAAGUCUAUGGAGGUCCUCAGUGUCACAGACGGAGGCUCGCCGGUUCCAGCUAGGAGGGCUAUUGACAUGACGCAACAUGGACAAAGGUCACGAUCUAUCAGUGGAGCCUCUUCCGGCCUCUCCACCAGCCCCAUCAGCAGCCCACGGGUUACCCCUCACCCCUCCCCUCGAGGCAGUCCCCUCCCCACCCCUAAAGGCACUCCAGUGCACACUCCCAAGGACAGUCCAUCUGGGACACCAAAUUCCACACCACCACCAAGCCCGUCCAUAGGAGGCAUGCCUUGGAGAACGCGCCUCAACUCCAUCAAGAACAGCUUCCUGGGCUCACCACGUUUCCACCGCAGGAAACUCCAAGUUCCUACACAAGAGGAGAUGUCCAGCCUCACACCAGAGUCUUCCCCAGAACUUGCCAAAAAAUCCUGGUUUGGUAACUUCAUCAACUUGGAAAAAGAGGAGCAGAUCUUUAUUGUCAUCAAGGACAAGCCUCUCAGCUCCAUCAAGGCAGACAUUGUCCAAGCCUUCCUUUCGAUUCCCAGCCUGAGCCAUAGUGUGAUCUCACAGACCAGUUUUCGAGCAGAGUACAAGUCCACAGCCGGCCCCACAGUCUUCCAGAAGCCGGUCAAAUUUCAGGUGGAUAUCACCUACACGGAGAGCACAGCCGCUACAAAAGAGAAUGGCAUCUACUCUGUCACUUUUACACUGCUCUCAGGACCAAGCCGACGUUUUAAGCGAGUGAUUGAGACGAUUCAGAGUCAGUUGUUAAGCACACAUGACCAGCCUGGGGUUCAGCAGCUCUCUGACGAGAAGAACGGACAGGUGCCCCACCCUUCUGGCACGCCCUCCAAGCACUGCCCUUCUCCCAUGCACGUCCGGAGGCACGAGUCAGAAAAUCAUGACACCAAACUCCCACCUGCAGGCCGAGACAGAGCCAAGUUGUCCGUCCCGUCUGUGGGGGCACAGGAGGAGUCUUAG